CGGCGGCGGCAGCGGCAGCGGCGGCAGCGGCAGCGGCCGAGUUGACGCACAGGAAUCCUUUGGACUCGCUCCUGUGUCCGAGGGUGCGCGAAUAAAAGCAAAAGGCCAAAUGGAGCUGGAAGGACCGAAGCGCGGCAGAGGCGAAAGGAAUCCUCGGCGAUAAUUUAUGCGGCGCGUCUUGCUCUCUUUGGAGCGGCGAUUAUUGUUAUUGGGACUGUCGAGGCUGCGCGGCUAUGCUCGCGCAGCCAUUCGACACUCGAUAUAUGGCUCGAGCGCGAGCUCGCACCGCAGCCGAGCGGCCAGCUCUAAUGAUGAUCUACGGCCGGCUACCGUGUGCGCGGAAAAAGAGACGAUAACGAGAGCGCGGGAAAGCGGGCGGAGUCUGCGCCGCAGCGUUUUGGGCCCGAGAGGCCGAGGGGGGCGAGGGAGGGCGAGGGAGAGCGCGCGAGGGAGCGGGGGUGCUUCUGGCGCUGCCGAGGUACCCCCACCCCUGGCGGAGCUCUCGGCCGAGCCCGAGCUCGUCAGGGGAGCGUAGGGCCCGCGCGCACUUAGUUCCGCGGCACUGCUCCGUCCGUGCUCUUCGCAUCGUCGCUCGCUCUGCUACGACGCAGCGCCAAAGUUCAGUGCGCGAAUCGCCGAGUGCUGCCCGCCGACUGGCCUUGUGCUGGUGCGCGUGCCAUCCUAGGAUACACCUCGCCCGUCCAACAGAUAAACGCAUAACCAACAGCUAUAAAGCAGCGUUGGACUUUGAAUUUUUUCGCGAUUAAACGGCUGCACAGUGAACAUGAAGAUUCAUAUGGUGGCAGGUAUUUGAUCGCAGAGUUGGCGGAAAGGAGCGGCAGCAGAGGCAAGGCGGUGAAGGCGGUGGAGUAGACAGCGGAGCAGUGGAAAAGUGGCGGGUGAGCUGGCUUGCCUCGCGGGCUACAUGGCGGGCUACCUGAAGGCGGCGGCGGCGGCGGCCAAUUCGGCCGCGGCCUCGCAGUACCACCACCAGCCGGUCUCGCACCACCCCUCGGCGGCCCACCACCACCAGCUGGGCAUGCACGCCGCGGCCCACCAGGCCCACCACCCGGGUGUCGGGCCGUUCGGCCUGGCCGCGCCUCACCACCCGCACGCACACCCGCUCGACGCGCACGGACUGGUCGCGGCCUUCCCCCAAGGCAUGAACCCGAGGAAGCAGCGCCGCGAGAGGACCACCUUCACCAGAGCUCAGCUGGACGUGCUCGAGGGCCUGUUCGCCAAGACGAGGUACCCGGACAUCUUCAUGCGCGAGGAGGUGGCCCUGAAGAUCAGCCUGCCCGAGUCCCGCGUGCAGGUCUGGUUCAAGAACCGCCGGGCGAAGUGCCGCCAGCAGCACCAGCAGCAGCAGCAGCAGCAGGCCCAGGCCGAGCACAAGUCCACUGGACGUGCCAGCAGUGGCAAGCCCCCGGCAAACCAUAACAACAACAACAACAACGGCGCCCUGCGCCGCCCGUCGCCGUGCUCGCCGCCGCGCGCCAAGGAAGCGCCGCACUCGCCGCUGCUGUCCGGCAACAGCAACGGCGUCGUGGUGGUGCAGCAGCAGCAGCAGCAGCAGCAGCAGCAGCAGCAGCAGCAGCAGCAGCAGCAGCAACAGCAGCAGCAGCAGCAGCAGCAGCAGCAGCAGCAGCAGCCAUCGCAGCCGCCGCCGCCGCCACCGCAGCCGCACCAACAGCACCAGCAGCACCAGCAACACCACCAACAGCACCAGCAACACCAGCAGCACCAGCAGCAGGCCGUGUACCCGCGGCUGGGCGCGACACCGGGCGCCGUGAGCAACGCCAGCAGCGCCCUCACCACGCCCUCGCCGCCGCUGACCCCCGGCAACGGUGCGGCCGCGGCCGGCGGCGGCGCCGCGAGCGGCUACGCCAACGCGGCCGUGCAGCUGCAGAGUCACCACUACGAGCACGGGCACUUCGGCUGGGCGGCCUCGGCGAGCCCGGGUGGACAGUGGGGCGCGCCCGGCUACCAGGGCUACCAGAGCCCGUACGGCGCGGGCGACUAUUACCAGGGUGGCCACCUGCCGCAGCUGCACUCGGCCGCCGCGGCGGCUGCCUACCACCACCACAGCCAAUACAACCACCAUCACCACCACCACCCGCACAACAUGAGCAGUCUGGCCGCGGCCGCUGCGCACCAUCACCUUAGCGGCGCGGCCGCAGUGCACGGCUUCGACGCGGCGGCCGCUGCGGGCGUCGACGCCGGCGAGUACGCGCUGCCCGAGCACAAGUACCAGGCGAUGGCCUAGCGGCGCCCGCCGACUUGCGCCUAGGCCGCCGUUGCGAGUCUGCCAGCCCGCAACUCCGCGGCGCGCUGCCCCCAGCGCCAGGAGGCAGCGCGCAGUGCGGCCGCCCUCGGCUCGGUCGCCGUGCCUGUACAUAACUGCAGAGACUCGAGUGCCGUGGAGUGCUGUGAGUGAGUUUUAGGACAAUGCGACUGCCCGUCCUCGCCUCCUUGUUUCUCGCGCUCCUUCUUGUAAAUAACCGGGGCCGCCAGUUGCCACUUCCUCUCCCUCUUUUAGAUAAUGUGACGACGCGACGCCACUAAUCCCCCUUCGCUGUAUAUGCGCCUCCAUGCCCCGUCACUCUCAUUCCGAUUUGUUCUGUCGUCCUUCCUCCGUAUUGUCUACGAUGCGCAUAGCAGAUUAUAUAUAUAUGUAGCGCAUAUGCAUAUAUCAGGAAAAAAUUGCAAAUACAUAGAUAUAUAUAGUUCUGUAAAAAUUAUAUUAUAGCGCGACGGCACGUGCCCGAGUGCCGUGCAGAUGAAUGUCGAGAGGAGGAGAGGUGUCACUUUGCCUUCUCUCGCGCACGAGUAUGAAUAAAGUAUCGUAUAUAUUA